ACUGAACAGAACGUCCUGUUUCUUUUCUGUCUCCCUGUGGAUUCUCUAGAUUUAUGGCAGAAUUCAAGGGCCCUGCACUCAUAGAGCGGAGAACUCUCUGGGGGCUCCCUGCCCCUCAGCACAGAACUGGCCCACACAACAGAUCCUCAGGAAGGAUUCUCCCCUGGAGACUCUGGAAAAAUUGCCAGUGUGAGGUCCAUGAAGACUGCUAAGAGCCUUCAAAGCAGACUGUGCUGUCCUCACUGUAUAACUGGGGUCCCUCUCAUUAUGCCACAAUUACUGAUUGCCUAUUAUGAGGAUGGACCAGAAGGCCUAUUUUACAGGUGAAUCCAAGGAGGGUCCCCAAAUCUCAGAAACAGAAAAGGAAAUCGAUACAAGGCAGAAGGCGUCGCCAGAGGGCCGGGCUGGCCAGGCUCCCUGUGAGCAGCCUUCUGCCCCCUCCUCCCAGCUCCUCCGAGCUCGGGAGACUUGAGCGCACAUCUCUCAGGUCAGCGUUUCUUCCAGAGACGCCCAGUGGAGUUGACCACAGCUCUCAGAAGCCUGGCCAGACGCAGGAAUCAGUGACCGAGGUCGGAGCAGUGCCAUGCAGAGCGCCCCACGGUCUCGAGGGGGCACGACCCAGGACCCCACACCAGUAUCUUCUUAGAAGACCGCAGGGACCCUGCUGGAAGAGCCACCGAGAGCCCCGUUUCGGAUGGGAAGCUAAAGCUUCAAGCUGCACCCCAGGUUGCUCAGUGCGCCAGCUGCCACGCGGGGCCAUGGAAACGGCGGUGAUCGGCAUGGUGGCCGUGCUGUUUGUGAUCACCGUGGCCAUCACCUGCAUCCUCUGCUGCUUCAGCUGUGACUCGAAGGCCCCGGAUCCUCAGGGGGGGCCUGGCCGCAGCUUCACAGUGGCCACGUUUCACCAGGAGGCGUCUCUCUUCACGGGGCCGGGUCGCCAUGCCCAGGCAGUGGCGGGUGCCCGGGACUUCUGGACCUUCAUGUGAGGCCUAACAGCCCCCAGGAUUUGCCCUGCUGGUGGGUCAGACUCACCCCCCUACAAGCCUUCCCUGAUGUCCCACUCCUCCAAGUCUGGCAUUCCUGCCCUUCCCUGCCUGUGCCCAGCAGUCUCCCUGUUGCAUCCCAUCCCAGGUUGCUAUGCCCUCCGGCCUGGGAGAUCCACCCUGAUGGGACCAGGUGGAGUCCGCCCUGAACCCAAGAGCUCCUCUGGGCUCCGCCCACAGGAUGGGGCUCCGGAGAGGUCCGAAGAGUGAGUGACCAAACGGUGUUGGAUUGCACGGUGGGCCAGCUCUUCUGAUCUACAGGGGAACUGGAAUUUAUCGGAAGCAGAUUCCGUUAACUCAGGUGUAUCCCAGGAUGCCUACAAACUGGUUCUAUUGCCACCAGAGGACGCUGCGCCCUCAAGUGGACGCUUUUUACACAACACUUCUUGCCUGCUCCCCUCGCUGAGCCCUUUUGCUAACUUGCAUGUGCAGCUCUCACAGAGCCCAAGCCUGAGGCCAGCCCUGCCAGUCGCCUGAAAUCAGCCCUGACGUGCUGAAACCAAAGGGCUGCAAGUGAUUUAUUUUAUAAUUGAAGAUGUAUAUCCUUUUAUGGGUCUCCCAAGAGUCGGGGUUGGAAAAAACCACAAAAGGAAGCAGAAGAGAAAACCAGAGUCACAGAAAGUAUGAGAGGUUUGUUAACAGGAAAGCCAGAAAGAAGACUUUGAAACAUGUUUUGAAAGAGACUUUAUUACUCUUUUCUUACUGGUCACUUCUAUUGGUAGAGAAUGUGAGUGAUUUGAGCCCAGAAUGACAGAAAAUCAGGAACUCAGAGACAAUGCCAAUGCCAGAUAAGUUAAAAUGUUACAUUGAGAGCAUGUAACAGAGCUCUUGUUCCAUCACAAAGAACAGCUCAGACCUUUUUCAUAGAAAAUCUGUUUUCUCUGUACCCACGAAAUAAAUGCUGUGCCAUA